AGUAUGCAGUUCAAGUAUCAUAUCGUCCCAUUGGUGCAAACAUGUACUUUGUGCCUUCUAAUUUAAAUGUCGCAUGGUACAUUGUUGCACCCAGGGGGUGCUAAAUUCUAUAUUCUUUGUAAUAUAGAACAUGUACUUAAACGUGGUUAAUACUAUGUUGUAUAAUGUUAAGACACAACUAGUAUGCAUUAAAUAUAAGCACGUUUGAUGAAAUAUUAUAGUAGAUAUGUUCUAUUUACGUUUUCAUAAGCUGUGUGGCUCUUUCGGCAAACGUGAGGUUGUGAACCGAUCCAACGGUAACACGUUGCUAUGCGCCCAGUGUUGUCAAGGAAACCUUUGUAACGCUGCCCUCUGUGGACAAACUGGACUGCCCUCUGUUGGACCUGUGUGUUUCAAGUGUGAUCAGGCCAGCACGCCGAGCUCGUGUAACACGAUAGCGCUCUGUGGACGGGAUGAUGUAUGUCAACUUGAGAAAACCCUUAGUUCGCUAACUCACGCUACGCUAUACAAAUCAGGAUGUUUGCACAAAACACAUUGUGAUAGACACGCUCAAAGUCUAACCUUAAUUGGAAGGAAGAGAUAUGACAACACAGUUAUUACAGGGAACGACUUGCAGAUACAGUGUUGUGACUCUAACGUGUGUAAUCAUGGAAAAGUCAGCAGCGCUUCCAGUACCGCAUUGACGACGGCAGCAGUGACGCCAACACAUAGCUCAACCUUAUCAAAUCAAUACGCUUGCGACAGAGGCCCAUGUUCCCAUGCCAAAUGUUUCGAAAGAGGCAUCCACUACGUGUGUCAGUGUGAGAAUGGAUGGACCGGGAAGAAUUGUGAUAAUUCUACUUCCACUACUAGUGCCCAUACUAGUACUACUUCUACUACAACUACUUCUACAACUUCAACUACUACUACUACUGCUACUACUACCAAAUUGACUGUACCUGGAGAUUGCUUGGAGUUAAGGGCCAUAACACGUGUCAGUGGCGUGUACAGCGUUCGACCUGCAGGCAUGGUUCGGGACAUUGAAGUGUACUGUGACAUGGCAACGGACGGAGGGGGAUGGACGGUGUUUCAACGUCGUGUGAAUGGAUCUGUUGAUUUCUACCAAAACUUCUUCUCAUAUGAGAAUGGCUUCGGCGACGUUCACGGAGAACACUGGCUUGGUUUGAAGUACAUACAUACCAUGACCUCCAAAGCACAGACCGAGCUUCGGGUCGACUUGAUGGCGGCAGACGGAUCCACUGAGUAUGAAGUGUUUCCUAACUUCCGACUGUUGACAGCACCAGACUAUAUGCUGCAUGUAAACGAGGGAAAUGAAACUGCUGGGGAUGGUCGUUAUGGUUUAUUCUAUCACAAUGGUAAUAGUUUCUCCACAUACGACCACGACGACGAUCACGACUGUGCCAUUAAAUGCCAUGGUGGAUGGUGGUAUCAUGAUUGUGCAUUUGUGAAUUUGAAUGGUCGAUAUGUAACGCCUGGAACAGUGGACACCUCUUGUGCAUAUGCUGGGAUCAUUUAUCACAAUUUCAAACAACGUGCUUCAAUGACCGAGACAAAAAUGAUGUUUAGAAGAUUUUAGAAUCGAAUCUUAUGAAUAUUUGCAUACAUCUAUAAUUGCAGACUAAAUGAGCUGUAGAUUUUUACCCCUGUUAUGAUGCAGCUUUUUAAACGUAAUCAAAUAAUAUCUGUUUUCGUUUUUAGCUGUCGAAAUCUUGAUUGUAUUAAUAUUGUUAGGCUUUUUCACUUGUUUGAUUUGAAAAUACACACGCUAAAUUUAAUUAUUCACAUUUUCACUUAUGACUGAAACCCAGCUUAAAGUGCAUGUGCACUGUGAGAGCUUGUGCAUAUCGAAUUAUAUAUGCGUCUCGAUUGACGAUCUUACACACAGUUUUUGGUUCACAUGUAAUAGUUGUAAGUGAACUGUAUUGAGAAAAAGACUACACUGCGUACA